ACAGGCGAAGCCAGACUGUCAACACCAGCAGGCGGCCACGCACCCAUCGAUCAUGGCGGCUUUCGAAGAGAUGGGCGUCAUGCCCGAAAUAGCCAAGGCAGUUGAGGAGAUGGACUGGACGCUGCCAACGGAUGUGCAGAACGAGGCUAUUCCCCUCAUCCUUGGUGGUGGUGAUGUGCUGAUGGCUGCCGAGACAGGGAGUGGCAAGACCGGUGCCUUCUGUCUGCCCAUCCUGCAGAUUGUGUGGGAGUCACUUAAGGACAUCCAGCAAGGGAAGACAUCCAAGAUCACCAAGGAAGUGUCUCCCCUGUGGCUGAUGAGCUUCUUUGACCGUGACGCUGGGCUGGCUGUGACCCCUGACGGCCUGCGCUGCCAGUCCCGGGACCCCAAGGCGUGGCAAGGGGUCCGCUGCACCAAGGGCGUGACGGGCAAGGGCAAAUAUUUCUUUGAGGCAGUGGUGUCCGACGAGGGCCUGUGCAGAUUGGGCUGGUCGACCCCUCAGGCUGCUUUGGAUCUUGGCACUUGCAAGAAUGGGUUUGGGUUUGGUGGCACUGGUAAGAAGUCCAAUUGCAAGCAGUUUGAUGAUUAUGGUGAGUGUUUUGGUCUGAAUGACACCAUUGGCUGCUACCUGGACCUGGACAGCAUGGAGAUGAGGUACAGCAAGAAUGGUGUGGACUUGGGCAAGGCUUUCACCCUACGUAGUGAGUUCAAGAAUGCUGUGUUUCAUCCUGCUGUUGUGCUCAAGAAUGCAGAGGUCACCUUCAACUUUGGGCAGAAAGACUUCAAGCACCCCCCGAAAGCUGGCUACGUGGCUGUGUGUGAUGCCAGCAAGGACUGCACCGUGCAUGGUGGGAUAAGGGCUGCAGGAGACAAGCCACAGAAGAUCCAGAACAAUGCCCCUCAGGCUGUCAUCAUUGAGCCGUCCAGAGAGCUUGCCGAGCAGACACUGAAGCAGGUGCAGCUGUUCCGUAAGCACCUGGAGAACCCCCUGGUGCGGGACCUGCUGGUGGUGGGUGGCAUCCCUGUCAAGGACCAGAUCGCUGCCCUCAACAAAGGAGUGGACAUUGUGUGUGGCACUCCUGGCCGUCUGGAGGAGCUCAUCAACACUGGCCAGCUCUCCCUGCAGUCUUGUAAAUUCUUUGUGUUGGAUGAAGCUGAUGGAUUGCUGAAGCAGGGACACGAGAAGUUGAUCAAUAACAUCUACAACUCCAUCCCCAAGAUCACAUCAGAUGGCAAGAGGCUACAGAUGGUGGUUUGCUCCGCCACUCUCCAUUCCUUUGAAGUGAAGCGCAUGGCGGAGCGGUUGAUGCAUUUCCCCACCUGGGUUGAUCUGAAGGGGGAGGACUCAGUGCCCGAAACAGUCCACCAUGUUGUAGUGACGGUGGACCCCCGAACAGACAACAGCUGGACCUCCCUGCGACGCCACGUGCAGACUGACGGUGUGCAUGCCAAGGAUGGUGUGCGGCCUGGCAACAACACGCCAGAGACGCUGAGUGAGGCGGUCAAGAUGCUGAAGGGAGAGCUGUGUGUGAAGGCAAUUGACAUGCACAACAUGGACAAGGCUCUCAUUUUCUGCCGCACCAAGCUAGACUGUGAUAACAUGGAGCGCUACUUCAACCAGAUAGGUGGUGGCGCCCACAAUCGAGGCAACCCUUAUUCCUGUGUGUGCCUGCAUGGUGACCGCAAGCCAGGCGAGCGGAAGGCCAACCUGCAGUCAUUCAAGGACGGCAAUGUCAAGUUCCUCAUUUGUACCGAUGUUGCUGCUCGAGGAAUAGAUGUAUCAGGGCUACCUUUCAUCAUCAACGUAACUCUGCCAGAUGAGAAGAGCAAUUACGUUCACCGCAUUGGGCGUGUGGGCCGAGCUGAGAGGAUGGGGCUGGCCAUCUCCCUGGUGUCAGCUGUCCCUGAGAAGGUGUGGUAUCACGGGGAGUGGUGCCCAAGCCGAGGCCGUAAUUGCUACAACACGCGCCUCACCACUGAACGUGGCUGCUGCACCUGGUAUAAUGAGCCACAGUACUUGGCGGAUAUUGAGGAGCAUCUUGGCGUGACGAUCCAGCAAGUAGACAAGGACAUGAAGGUGCCUGUGGACGAGUUUGACGGCAAGGUGGUGUACGGAGAAAAGAAAGGACGUGCAGGCUCUGAUUACCAGACUCAUGUGGAACAGCUGGCACCUGCUGUUCACGAGUUGGCCAAACUGGAGAAGGAGACUCAAAACAUUUAUCUUAAGCGUCAGUACGGCAAAGUCUACCCUUGGACACGGUAAAUGGAGUAGUCCUUAGGGAGGAAUUGUUUCAUAGUCAUCAUUCAUGCAGUUGAUGAGAAACACUAUUAAAAGUUAUGAUCAGGGAAGUUAGCUGACAGGAACCUUAUUCUCAAACCCUUGAGAACUCUAUACCAACAACUGUUAUCAUGUUCUUGUGGAAAUUAUUGACGUUUUUGAGUGUGUUUUCAUGAUUCCAGUCAUAGUGUAACAAGGAGGCUGUAUCAUCAAGAGGAAAAACAUUUAUGAAAAAUUCAGACAUUUCUCAUUAGAGGCCUAAGCCAAGCAUGGUACUACAUAUGUCAGGAAUUUGUCUUAUCAGGGAAAAUUGUCUCAAUGCCUUCCAAUAUUUUCAUGGUAGCUAAUCAUAAAGAUGAACCUAGACAUUUAGUGUUGGCAGAUUCUGAUGUAUAUGGAAGUGUGAUAUUUUUAAUAGUAAUACAAGCUUGUUUUAAUAAAUAAUACAAGCUGGUUGUGAUCAGUGAUACAAGCUUGUUUUCAGUAAUAAGAUGGUUGUAAUCAACAAUAUAGGCUUGUUUUGAAAAAUUAUACAAGCUUUAUGAUUUACACCAAUUUGUUUUGAUAAAUUGUGCAAGUUCUGCAUAAAUAAUAGAAACUUGUUGUCAUAAAUAAUGCAAACUUAUUUUCAUCAAUAAAUACAAGCUUGUUUUCAUUGGUAACACAAGCUCAAUACAGGUUUCAUAAGGUCUAAGCAGCAGCAGCUAAGAAAGUGUAGCUCCUUACUUACACUUGUAUAGACAGUCACUUAAUGUCAACCAUAUAUUCAGUACACACAAGUGAUUCCUCUCAUGCUCCUUGUGUAUACAGUGAUUGCCAAAGUCAGAAUGCCAAAUGUGUGUUCAAUGCCAUAGACAUCCAUCAUUAACCCUCAGAUGUUUGCAGUGUUGAGUGUACAUCUUGUUUUCUAUUCAGCCUGAAAAUAAUGUUACUGUUUUUGUGUCAUGUAUCGCUCAGAAUAUUUAUUAUCAAAAGAGCUUUAGAACCGGUGCAGUUAACCCCAGGCAGCCUUGCAUGAAUCAGAAAUUGUUACUCUUAAGCCCCUGAACAAUGCAUUAAAGCAAGAAUCAUAACA